GGGAUUUCAGGCAGCAGCAGCAGCAACAGCAGCAGCGGAGGCGAGGAGCGGAUCCAGCUCGCUCGGGGGCGGCUGUCUCGGAUGUGCUUAAACUUUGUGGCCCCGACUCUUUAAUGGGACCCGCGGGCAGGAGUUCCCCGUUUUUUCGCCGCAGUCGUCGCUCUCCGGCCAUGCCACAAUGCUGAUGAUUCCUCUGCUGGUUUUUCUGCUGAGCCUGUCGGAUCCCGUUAGUCCCCGGGCCCACUGCACCCCGGGCAAGGCGCCCUGCGACCCCCGGCAGCGGAGGGACGCCGGGGGCCGCGGAGGAGUGUACGAGCACCUCGGAGGAGCGCCGAGACGGAGGAAACUUUACUGUGCGACUAAAUAUCAUUUACAGAUCCACCAGAACGGGAAAAUCGACGGAACUCUGGAGGAAAACAACCCGUUUAGUGAGUACCGACGCGCUUUUACGCACAGAUUAUCCAGCACUCCAGGGAAAUAGAGAAACAAGUAAAAGUUAGGAGGGUGAAAGUUAAUUUCUAAUGAAAAGAUGAAGAGGUACAGUUAUGGACAAUAGUUUUAUUCUAAACAAAAAUAACUGCAAAGUGACCAGGACUCCACAUUUUCGUGAAUUGUGUUUUUAGGUGUUUUUGUUUUAAUUAAUGAGAGUGAUUAUCUGAUCAGUUUCGCUGUCAGUUAGUACUUUAUUUGUGUGUGCGCGCACGCGCUGACACGCAGGUUAAUCUCUACUGGAAGUAUUAACAUCCCGGCGGGACAAAGGCGCUGUCCUAACGGAUGUAUUUAUCUAAUCAGAGACCAUUAGAGGCUCUUCACUGCGCUCAAUAGGCCAUUGACUAAUCAAGCACUGAUUAAAACAGCCAAUAAACAUGCUGAAUGGGGGCGCGAGGCAGACAACACAAUCGGAAACUCAAUUCAUUUACUCUUAAUGUGACUAAAGUUGGUUUAGGUGGAGAGUGGCUUUUUUAUGUUGGGUUUUAAUCUCUAAAGAGUCAUAAAAAAGUCGAAAAGUUGAACAUAAUCUAUGUUUAUCAUCCUCUAACUGUUUUUGUGUUUGUAUAACAGGCAUCAUGGAGAUCACAGCGGUGGAUGUGGGUGUUGUGGCCAUAAAGGGGCUUUUCUCAGGCAGAUAUCUGGCCAUGAAUGAUAAAGGACGGCUGUACGCCUCGGUGAGUCCACAUUUCUGUUCUUUAUCUGAUGUUUCAGACUCCUCAAAGCUUUGUGUUUGACAUCCACCCGCAGAGGUGACAAUUUCAGAGCCCCUAAUGAUCGUAGUCUGCUGUAAAUACUUCUAUUUUGACGAGGAGUGUUUGGCGUUUUAUUGUCAAAGUUAGGCUUUGUUCUCUGGUUUACACAUUUUUUUCCGUUUUUUUUUUUAAAUUAGAUUUUUUGCCUCUUCAUUUUCAAAAAUAAAAAUCAUUGUCACUCCAUGUUUCUUAAUAGUCCUCUGUCCCUGCAACUCAACAGAAAUGGUUACAUUAAUCCACAUGUGCAUGCCAGACCAGUAGGUGGUGAUAAUGUGUAGACGGACUGUCGAACACAAUAGAAGAACAAUGUGUUAAAGCAUGUGUUGCUGAGCAUGUUAACAGUAUUCUUUACACCGUUUACUGCAUGGUGAGUUAAAUACUUGACGCCAUCUUUGUAGAUAUAAACAUCACAGCAGCUAUAAACAAUAAUAGCCAUGCAAAAGUUAAGGUGAUCAUGACUAUGUAUUGACGCGUCUAAAUUUAAGAGAAUCAGAAACAUGCAGCUCACAGAUUCUUCUCCUCCUCCUUUUCCUCCAGGAAGUGUUCAACAAAGAGUGUGAGUUUGUGGAGCGGAUUCACGAGUUGGGCUAUAACACAUACGCAUCACGUCAUCACUCCACCGAGCAACCGCUACCGCCAGGGGGCGGCAGCAGCAGCAGCAGUAAGCGGCGAGCCAGCGCUAAACGCCAAUGGUACGUUUCCAUCAACGGCAAGGGUCGGCCGCGGCGAGGUUUUAAAACUCGCAGCACGGACAAGGCCUCGCUGUUCCUUCCACGCGUGCUGGGCAACAAGGACCAUGAGAUGGUGAGGCGGCUGAGAGAGAGUCAGAGUGCGCACCAUCACAAUCAUCACCACGGCAACCGCCGUGACAGGCGUAGACGCCGACAUCGGGCCAGGAAAGGCCGAAGGCACAGAGAGGACUGAGCAGUUUUUAUAGAGGACCUUAAACAUGGACUCGAACUCAAGCUCACCGUAACCUGACAGAGAAGGAACUGUUUCGAUCGCUCUGGAUUAGAGGACGAGUUUACUGUUGAAAAAAAACAAAGAUGAAGGACACACACUUACACACACAAACACACACUCUCAGCUGUAUAAUUCCUGUCAACUGAUGUCUAGAAAAUGCUACUGUCCUGAAAACAUGUUUGAAACUUCUGUCUGAAAAGUUCUGGGCUAAAUGAAGCAGAAACAGAUUAUUGUAAAUACAGUAUGCACUAUGCAUGUACAGUGACUUUUAAGCUUUAGUUUGUCGAAACUGACCCGACAAACGGUAUAAUAUUCUCUUAUGUUGAAGUGCUGACAGCGAUAGAGGAGAGGACUUUACACAGCGAAGCACUUUUUGGCUGAUUCACAUUUAAGGUUUGUUCAGAUCAAGAGAAAAGAUCAUUUUUUUUAAGCACAGAGCCGACGACAAACACUGCCACAGCGGUCAUGCAAAAAAAGGACAGCAUGAACCGUGCAAAUUUAAGGAAACAAGCAAGAACGUUUUAUGACGCUGUGUCACAAAAGCUCACAAGCAUAUAGAUUUUAAAGAUGUCCUCAGAGUUUGCAGACAAACUGAACGAACCUUGAAGUAGACUUUUUUUUGUUUUUUUUUACCAAAUCACAUCCUGAUAAAGUUACAGCAGCAUCACUUCAGUCUGUUUAUUGUCAUGAAACCACAGCCAAAUAUGUCUAUUAUGGCUUUACAUUACUAGUGAGGGAGUUAAUAAGACAUAAGUGUGAUAGAUACAGUCAAAUUGGUUUAGUCAUCAAAGAAGGUGCAAGUCAGCCAGGAGUACCUGGAAAUAGCAGGAACAAAGGUCAGGCUAACCCUGCUGAGAUAGUCUAGAGGAUGAUAUAAGCACAGGCGUGAUGAAGCUGGUCCACGUUCUCAUCAGAAAUGUUGGAAAAUGCUGUAAAAAUGGUCUUUUCUUAUGGUCUGAACACGUCUGAGAAGCAAAGGGACACUGUGAUAGUCUACUGUCUGUAAACUCAAAGAUGUACUUUUUAUAUUUUACUAAUGAUAUGAAUAUUUAUUUGGUGCCUGUGUUGUAAGUUAUUGAAAAGAUUAUUUCUGUAUUUCACUGAUGUCUCUGUCUGUUUUCACUCACCAGCUGGCUCCAACAUAAAACACAAAGGUA